GGCGGGCUUUAGACCGGACUGAAGAUGGCGGCGACGGGAGCGGGUCCGUGAGGAGAAGUCGGGACAGAGUGGGUCUUCUCUGAGAAACCGGGGUCUGCGCAAGCUGGGUAGCACAGUUUUACAAAUUGGAGAGACACUAAUUUGGAAAAUGACGUCUAAAGGCACCAGCACAUCCUACUCCAGGAGAAGUUAUCGGUUGACCUCUGAUACAGAAAAACCAAAGGUCACAGGUUUUGUGAAUGACGAACUUCUCAGCAACUACCUCCACCAUGCGUUUCCCAGCUCUGAGAACACACAACAGUCUGCAUCGUCCAGGAAGUUGCUGAACUUUCAGAACCUGAGUGAACAUUUAGAUCGGCUACUGUCUGAUGGAUUGGACAAUGAGGCAGAAGACAAAGAUCAACAUAUGGCUGGGCGCCUUGGACCAGCCACUGUGGUCCUGGAUCACACGAGUGGUUUUGAGGGGUUGUUGCUUGUGGAUGAUGAUUUACUUGGGGUUGUUGGUCACAGUAACUUCAGCUCAAUCAGAGCUACCUCAUGCGUGUAUAAAGGAAAGUGGAUGUAUGAAGUUCUGAUUUCAUCUCAGGGGUUGAUGCAGAUUGGUUGGUGCACCCUAAACUGCAGGUUCAAUCAGGAGGAGGGUGUCGGUGAUACAUCAGAUUCUUAUGCUUACGAUGGAAAUAGAGUGCGCAAGUGGAAUGUCACCACAACUAAUUAUGGAAAAGCUUGGGCAGCUGGCGAUAUUGUCACAUGUGUGAUAGAUCUGGAUGAAGGGAAGAUUGCAUUCUGCUUAAAUGGGAUCUCCUUGGGAAUUGCAUUUCAAGACAUCAGACUGGGCCCUGGAAUAGCCUACUUUCCAGCAAUCAGUUUGUCCUUCAAAGAAUCAGUGGCAUUCAACUUUGGGAGCCGGCCAAUCCGGUACCCUGUAGAGGGCUAUCGCCCAGUGCAGGAUCCACCAGAGGCAGAUCUCGUGAAAGCUCACAGACUUCUAGGAUACCUAAAGAAUGUGAUUUCUGCCAGUAUGGAUACCCAGGAAGGAAAACUGAUGGAACAGGAUUCUGCACAUUGGCAAGCCCAGGGGGAACCCACUGUGCUCAUUACACUGGCGCAUAUCUUCGACCGCUUUGCACCCUUUAUGUGUAAAGUUUACCUCGUGGAAGACGUGCUGAUGACCUAUUUCCUGAGUAUAUUGGAGGGAGGCGGGGCUGUGGAUGAACACCCACUAAUUCAACGUUUACUUGACCUCAUGUGGCUCCUCAUGGAGGAUUAUGAAAUCCAGGAGUGUUUGAAACAGCUGAUGAUGUCACUGCUUCGUGCAUACAGAUUUUCUCCUAUCAUUCCCGAUUUAGGGUUACAGAUCCACUAUUUGCGUCUGAGCAUAGCUAUUCUAAAGCAUGAGAAAACCAGAAAAUAUCUGCUCAGCAACGUCUUAUUUGAUGUGCUGCGGUCAGUGGUGUUUUUUUUCAUUAAGACUCCCCUACGAGUGGAGGAGGCAGGCUUAGAGGAGCUUAUUCCCACCACUUGGUGGCCAACCAGGUUUGACAAGGAGGGGAAGGAGGUGAAGGAGGAAACUGCUGAGGAGAGGCUGAGACGUCGGGCCUAUGAGCGUGGCUGCCAGCGAUUAAAGAAGCGUAUUGAGGUUGUGGAAGAGCUACAGGUUCAGAUCCUGAAAUUAUUUCUCAACAACAAAGAUAAGGGAUCGGGUGAGGCAUCCAGAUACAUUUUCCUUAACAAGUUUAGAAAAUUUUUACAGGAGAAUGCCAGUAAUCGAGGGAAUCCUGCAAUCCUUUGCCCUCCUGAGUAUAUGGUUUGCUUUCUGCACCGACUGAUUGCUGCUUUGCGAAGUUACUGGGAUGAGUACAGACGGAGGAAUCCAUCGGCAAUACCCAGUGAAGAUGCUUACGUUCCCCCUCAGCUCUUUUUUAAUGGGAAGGUGGAUUACUUUGACCUGCAGAGACUUGGCGGCCUUCUUUCCCAUCUGAAGAAAACUCUGAAAGAUGAUCUUGCAUCCAAAGCGAAUAUCAUCAUUGACCCUGCAGAGAUCUCUGCCAUUUCAAUGGACGACUUGGAUGAGGAUGAUGAGAGUGUAACUCAGCAGAGGCCAAGUGGUGCUGCUGCAGGUGCAGGAAGUCUUGCCAGGCCGAGCUGGUUAAGUUCACCAACGCUGGGUCGAGCCAAUAGGUUCUUAAGCACGGCAGCUGUGAGUUUGAUGAAUCCCCGUCGAUCCUUGACCUCAGUCGAAAAGGUGAAGGUUCGUACUCUGAGUGUGGAGCAGAGGACAGAGGAGGACAUUGAAGGAAACCACGGAAAUGAUGGCCUGUUGUUAGGGCGUCCCCCUGACGAACCAGAUCACCCGAUCACAGAGAAAUCUUUACUGGAAAUCCUGGAUGGUGCUAUCAUGAUGUACAACCUGAGUGUGCACCAACAGCUUGGCAAGAUGGUGGGUGUGUCAGAUGAUGUCCAUGAAUAUGCAGUGGCACUGAAGGACACUGAAGACAAAAUUGCAAGAUGUCCUGCAAAGAGGAAGGAUAUUCUGGAUGAAUUGACGAAGAGCCAGAAAGUGUUCUCUGCAAAGCUGAAUCACCUGAGUCGCCGGUUAGCCUGGAUAAAUGCCACCAUCUACUCUAAGGAGAAGAUGCUGGACAUCUACUGGCUGCUCCAAGUGUGCUUACGAGUAAUUGAACAUAGUGACCGGACUACAACAUUGUUCGCUUUCAUGCCAGAGUUUUACAUGAACGUUGCUAUGAAUAGUUACAGUGCUUUGAAGAAUUACUUCAGUCCGGUCAACAGCAUGGAUGAGCUGCCAGAGUAUCAGGAGACGCUAAGUCGAUUGGCAGCUAUCCUCGCCAAGCACUUUGCUGAUCCUCGAAUUGUGGGAACUGAUAUUAAGGAUUCACUGAUGCAAGCUCUUGCCAGCUAUGUCUGCUACCCCCACUCCCUGCGAGCUGUUGAACGUAUUCCAGAGGAACAAUGUGUGGCCAUGAUGAAGAAUCUUCUAGCUCCAUAUGAACAGCGCCCAUGGGCUCAGACCAACUGGAUCCUUGUGCGACUCUGGAGGGGAUGUGGAUUUGGAUACAGGUACACGCGACUCCCUCAUUUACUGAAAAGUAAACCUGAAGAUGUCAACAUGCCAAGCCUGCAGAAACCUUGUCCAUCUAUUCUACUGCAACAACACAUGGCAGACUUGCUUCGCUCUGACUCAGAAAUGGCAGCCAGUUUCCUGAAUAGUGUCCUCAACCAGCUGAACUGGGCCUUCUCAGAGUUCAUUGGCAUGAUCCAGGAGAUUCAGCAGGCAGCCGAACGGCCAGAGCGAAACUUUGUCGACAGUCGGCAGCUGAAGGUUUGUGCCACCUGCUUUGAUCUUUCUGUGAGCUUGCUAAGGGUCCUGGAGAUGACCAUCACUCUUGUCCCUGAGAUCUUCCUGAAUUGGUCCAGACCAUCCGCAGAACUGCUGCUGAGACGCCUUGCACAGCUAAUAAACCAAGUAUUGAACCGAGUUACGGCUGAAAAGAACCUCUUUGACCGUGUUGUCAAUCUGCGCUUACCUGGUUUGGAAAGUGUGGAUCAUUAUCCAGUCCUUGUAGCUGUAACGGGAAUUCUUGUCCGAAUUCUGGUUGACUCUGAUGUUCAGGGCAUCCAAAGAGCAACAGCUGUCCUCCUGGCUGACCCCUGCUUCCAGCUGAGAUCAAUACAGUAUCUGCUUGGAGAAAAUGAGCUCUCAGCCCUGGGAGCAACACCCCCACCAUCAGAGAAGAAGCAUUUCUCCCUCCAGGCAUACCCAGAUUAUAUCAGCCUGGAAGAGCUGGAGAAAGUUGAAGGCCUUCUCUCCCAUUUGACACGCGAAUCCAAGCAGGCAGCAUCUACUGCACUGCCCACCAGUGAAGAAGAUCUGUGCCCAAUCUGUUACGCUCACCCCAUCUCUGCCAUCUUCAGGCCGUGUUCACACAAAUCCUGCAAGGCCUGCAUCAACCAGCAUCUGAUGAACAACAAAGAUUGUUUCUUCUGCAAGGCCAUGAUCACUGCAGUGGAUGAUUAUACGAAACCAUCCUCCUCCUAAUUGCCAUUGACCCUCCUUUCCAGCACUAAGGAGAAGGGAUGCUGCUUCACAACAUGGGGGACUGCAUCAUACAGGGAUCUGAAUGAUCAAUAUCCAAUGUUUACAAGAGGGAAUGAUCCUUGGUGAUUCAUUGAGCGGGUGAUAUGCUUGUUAGACUGCUAUUGUGUUUCAAAUAUUGAUUGCUUGAGACUGAGACUGACGUGUUCUGAAGGGCAAUUAACGGAUUGGAUUUCACUCUAUCCUGUCAACCACUAACACAGAUGUUGUGUCUUAGCUAUGACUGCCACCCUGGGUCCUAAUGCCUAUCCCCUGAACCAGCUCAUGAGACUCAAACUGGGGGUCAGGUUUUAGAGCAGUAGGAGAGGAAACAGAUAUUUAUGUGCCCCUCUGUACUGUUCUGUGUCAACAAGACACUGAUUGGGGGUUGGAAGUAUAAGUUAGUUGGCCCCAAACUGUAAGGGGGACAUCCUUCUGUCGACAGAUCCUUUUCAAGUUCCUGAGAACUCGCUGGAUCCUUUUCGUUUGCCAUUAAGGUUUUUGUUGGGAGCUUUUAAACACCAAGAAAAUUCAGAUUUAUGUUAAUCGGCUGCAUUGUUUGAUGCCCUGCUUUGUGGUGGAUUUUGUUUUAUUUUUGUCGCCGUACAUUCUUAAGCCAGAAAGUCAGAAAAUCAUUUCCUCCAACCUCAAAAGAUUCUGCAAAGCAUCCUGAGUUGUUCAAGAUCCUACAUGGGAAAUGUUUCCCUCCAAUUCUUGCCCAUCUAAUUGCUUUGUAAGGGCUGGUUUCUACCAGCUCAGGCCCCAUUGUAAUGGGGCUGAGGUUUGCCCUUUAAUUUUGCCAUGCUUGAUAUCCAAGACCUGGCUUACAUAACUCGCAUUGACACUACAACUUGCUGGAGUUCAGUAGCAGCACUGACGUGGUGUUAGCAAACCUUACCUGUAAUUUUAGUCCUUCUCAUCUAUAUCCCAGACACAGCACUCAAAACGGCCAACCCCAAAACUCCACUGCAGUUCCUGUGCCAAAAUGUUUCCUCACUUCCCAUCUCUUGCCAUCUAUAAGCCUUCAGCUUUAAUUUGAAGAAAGGUUUACCUUUAGACCUGGAGCUGGUUUGAAUAAUUUGAGUCAGGGAGGGCCUUUUUACUUCCAGAAGCCGGUCAACUAAUGUAGUGAUUACAUUCAGUCACAUUUUGUUUACAGUAUGCAGUACAGCAGAAAUAUUGCUGUCAUUAUAGUGAGGUUUUCACAUCGAUCUGAUUGCACUAAGGAUUCUGUGUCUACAAUGGCAUUGAGGUCCAGGAGAUCUUAAGCCAAAAUAUGCUGGAGGUUUCAUCAGUUUUUUGUGAUUUAUUUAUGAGACUCCCAAAUCCCUCUGUACUGUGGUAUUGUGAAAUGUGUUAGUGGCUAAGAUUUGGUUUUAACCAGUAAGCUCUGAACAUAAAAAUGAACAAGUUUGUUAGAGGAAGUAAGCACAAGGGGAGUGAGAAACUUGUCAGCACUGUUGCUCUCAGCAGUGUUCGGACACUAAUUACCCAUGGAGGUUGUGCCACUUUCUCCUGUUCGUAGCUUUGUGACCAACUAGAGGUACAAACACAGUGUGAAAGUUCUGACGAUGAACAGUGACUGCUGACUCUCGAUCCUAACGCUCUCUCCUGCUUCCCGCAUCAAACCCAACAGAAGACCCCAUUCACAUAAGGAACUGGCAACAAACACUCUCCCAAAGUCACCAGCACACAGUCAGUCAGCCCAGAACAUGCACUUUACCAGGACUGACCUGGCCAUGCACUCAAAUACGUAUGUUUCAUCAUGGGUGAAUCAAAUGUUGCAGACCACUCUGUGAUGCAGCCUUAUACCAGAAGAGUUUUAAAUACACUGUUGAUGGUCCUCUUGCUCCAUCACUAUUUGGAACUAUGGUUAUAGCAAAUUGGAAACUAAACUUUGCAGAAGUGUGUGUGUAUGUGUGUUUAGUUGAGCAGCUGCCUUGUUAGCUAUUAAAAUCCAGCAGAACCAGGAUUAAGUAUAA